AUGCGCGAGGCAAUCUGCAUCCACAUCGGUCAGGGCGGCGUGCAGAUCGGCAAUGCUUGCUGGGAGCUCUUCUGCCUCGAGCACGGCAUCCAGCCGGACGGCCAGAUGCCAUCCGACAAGACGAUUGGUGGAGGAGACGCCUCUUCGCCGCACUUGGAGGAAGAUAGG